AUGGAUAGCCGCAAGCGAGGGAGGUUCGAUGCCGGCGUUAACGGCUCCGCUAAGAAGACCAAACAAGAAAUGGACUCAAUAUCAAGUGGUGUAGGAAGCAAAACGAAGCCUUGUACCAAGUUUUUCAGCAUUGCUGGCUGCCCAUUUGGUGAAGGCUGUCAUUUCUUGCAUUUUGUUCCUGGUGGUUAUAAUGCUGUUGCCCAAAUGAUGAAUCUGAAACCUGCUGCACCUCCUAGAAAUGUUGCCGCCCCACCACCUGUCUCUAACAAUGGAUCUGCACUGCAAGCUGUUAAAACCCGCAUAUGUAAUAAGUUUAAUUCUGCGGAGGGCUGCAAAUUUGGUGACAAGUGCCAUUUUGCCCAUGGUGAAUGGGAACUUGGCAAACCUUUUGUUCCAUCAAUUGAUGAUCACCGACAAUUGGCACCUACAACAGUUAAUCGUAUGGCUGGUCGAACUGAGGCUCCCUCUGGUCUGGGCACUACUAGCUUUGGUGCCAAUUCCACUGCCAAGAUCAGUGUAGAAGCUUCCUUGGCUGGAGCCAUCAUUGGAAAGGGUGGUGUGAACUCGAAGCAGAUCUGUCGCCAAACAGGAGUCAAAUUUUCAAUUCGUGACCAUGAAUCUGACCCAAAUCUUAGAAACAUUGAACUUGAGGGAACAUUUGAUCAAAUUGCACAGGCAAGUAACAUGGUAAAAGAUUUACUUUUGACUCUAUCAGUCUCUGCCCCACCGAAAUCCGCCCCAGGUGGUCCAGGCGCCCUAGCUCCACCUGGAAGAAACAUCAAGACGAAGCUCUGCGAGAAUUUUGCUAAAGGGUCUUGCACAUUCGGAGAAAGAUGUCACUUUGCCCAUGGAGCUGCUGAAUUGCGAAAGCUAGGAAUCUAA